ACAGCAGCCACAACAUUAAUUUCGUUACCUUCGCACGCAGAAAUUGUUUUGCGGCUCUUUAACGCAUAAAGAAGCAGAAAUAUGUCACAAUACCAAAAGGAAAUAGUCCAGGCUGUGCUCAUAGCAGACAACAAUGUGUGGAACUUCAAACCGCUAUCGGACGAAGGCUCCACGGCGCUACUGCCACUGGUGAAUGUCAGCAUGCUGGAUUAUGCUCUAAUUGCGCUCAAUCGCAGCGGCGUCGAAGAGGUAUUUGUUUAUGCCAGCCUUUACCUGCAGAGCAUUCGCGAGCACAUCAAACGAGGCAUUGCUACCUAUGCCUCGUGGUCGUUCAAGAUGACCGUCCAUGUGAUCGGCGGCGAAGGCUGCCGUUGCUUUGGCGAUGCGAUGCGGGAUCUGGAUGCCAAGGCAUUGAUACGUGGCAAUUUUAUACUUCUGGGCGCAGACACGGUCACAAAUGCUGAUCUGCGUCCAGUUCUUGAGCAGCACAAGCGCAUGGCCAAGUUCGACAAGGGCACGGCCGCCACGCUCGUGUUCAAGGACUGCGCCAGCAGCAAUGAACGAACGGGCAACGAGCUCUUGAUCGCUGUGGAUAAACAGAAUACACGGUUGCACUAUCAUCAGCGACUGCGCAUGAAUCACAAGGAGUCACGCUACCAAAUACCGCUGGAUGUGUUCCUUAACAACUCGUGCGUUACGCUGCAUCACAAUCUGCUCGAUCCACAGAUAGCGAUCGGCUCACCAUCGAUGCUGUCGCUAUUUAGCGACAAUUUUGAUUUCCAAACACGCGACGAUUUCAUUAGGGGCUUGCUGAUUAACGAGGAGCUGUUGGACAGCCGCAUCUACGUAGCACUGCUGCCGCCUGCCCAGUAUGCGCACAAAGUGAACAAUUGGCUCUCCUAUCAGCUGGUCAGCCGGGACAUCAUUAGCCGUUGGGCCUAUCCACUGGUGCCCGACAUGGGCGUUUACAAGCUACAGCAGCAGUAUGUCUUCUACAAGGACAAUAUCUACAAGAGCCACGACGCGAACGUCUCUAAGGUGGCACUGCAGGAGAACGUUGUUAUACAGGCGGGCAGCCAUGUGGAUGCCGGCACCACAAUCAGCUGCAGCGUAAUUGGUGCCAACUGUCGCAUAGGCAAGAACUGCCAGCUCAACAAUGUCUUCCUCAUGGCCAAUGUGAUUAUUAAGGACAACUGCCAGCUGCGGCACUGCGUGAUUGGCUCCGGUGCGGUUAUCAACGAGAAUAGCGAUAUUAGCGCUGGCUGCGUAUUGGGCGCCAAGUGCAUCCUGCCCGCCAACACAAAGCUGGCUAACACGUUAGUCACCAGCUCACCCAGCACACAGCGCACCGAGGAGCUCGACAAUGUUGAACUGGAAGCCAUUGGGCCAGCUGCAUACAUUGUCAAUGACCAGACAACUGGUGAUCCGGACGAUUCCGAUGCGGACGACGACUUGAUGCCACAGCUGACAACCCUCUGCAUACCCAAAAUGUGUGACCUACAGAACGCGGCGAACGCGGAUAGCGACAUCAGCUAUUCCAGCGACGACGAUGACAACGAGGACGAGUCUCGCCAGGUGACGCCGCUGCCCGACGACACGAACAUCUUCCUCUCGGAGGUCAUCGACUCACUAACGCGCGGCUAUCGGGAGAAAUCGAAUCCGGACUUUCUUAUUCUCGAAAUUAACUCCUCGCGGUAUGCGUAUAACAUGUCCCUGAAGGAGGUCAACUUCAAUGUGGUUAAGGCUGUCUUUUCCAUGGAGAGCAUCGUCGAGCCGCCUAACGGCAACAUUAUGGUAGCCAUCAAUGCAGUUUUCAAGCAACUGGGACCCGUUGUCUCCAACUACAUUAAGAGCGAGGAUGCCAUGACGGAUUGCCUCAAGGCUCUGGAGGACAUUUGCGAGGAGAACAAGCUGGUGCAAGAAAAGAUCUCCCAAGUGGUGCAUUAUCUGUACGACAAAGACUUUGUAUCCGAGGACGCCAUACACAAAUGGUACGAACAACUGGAUGGUGAAGAGCAUGCGACGCUGCGGCAGAGUCUCGCCAAGCUCGUCGACUGGUUGAACCAGUCGAGCGAAGACGAUGACGACGACGACGACGACGAGGAUGAAGAGGAUGAUGAUUAGGAUAAGAAGAAGGUGAUUAGCGAG